AUGAAGAUUAUCGCAUUAUUAUUACUCGUACAGACUGUUCUGCGGUCAUGUGCCUCGCCGGCAAAUUUGGAUAUUGGCAGUGCCAACCACCCGGACUUUUUCCUGGAAACAGGGCGGGAAUGCACAUUGACUAGGAGCAUUUAUAGACCUAAAAGGGGUAGAGAAUGGGUUACAGUAUCGCAUGGAGGAGGAGUCCUUUGGAGUACAGGAGAGAAGGACAAAUGUGUAAAUGUGCAAGUCUUUUACAGGGACAAGUUACCUCUCUUCCUCCGUAUUGUAUUUGCCAAAGAUAAUGUAAUUGAGGAUGUAUAUUACGUAUACAAGAAGAAAUGGGAGAUGUGUAAAGAGAAUGUAUUCAAAGAGGCGCUGGAAAGGGAGGGAAUGCAGAUCUUGAAAAUCGACUCUCCUAACCCAUUACUUGGGACUUUACAGAGAAAUGGCAGUUUAGUCACAGAAGAGACGUUUGUAUCUAGUGAUAAAUGCACUAUUGGCAGGGUGGAAUAUAAUGGAAAGACUUUAUGGGAGGGUGAAAGAGGAGAUUCACUCCUCUCAUAUACGCUCAUUUCAGAGGAUGAAAAGGCAAUUCUACUACAUUUGGUCUACACAAGCGAUGAGAGUUUUUAUGAGCUCUCUAAUGGCACAUGGAAAAAGAUUACAAGGGGCAAAUUCCUGGAUAGGGAUGGAAAACUGAGUCCUCAUAAAUCAGCUAUAGAUCUGAACAAUUUGGAAAAUAACGCAUAUAAAGUCUCCAAAAACCAAAUUCUCCGAUUUUCUGGCUUUGACUUUAUUCCUAAAAUUGAUAUACACUAUGUGAUAGAUGGUAAUACCGUUGUUGAAAGAAUUCCCAGGGGAACAAAGUUAGAAAAGGUCACCGUUUAUAUGGCAGACAUACAAAAAUAUAUGGAUGUAAAAUACAUGAGAGAUAAGAAGGAAUACCAUCAUUAUUUUGUAAAGGUAGGUGAAGAAUGGAGGAAGGCUACCAGAGAAGACUACUAUCUAGUUAUGAGAACAGAAACCCCUGUUCUGCCACAAAUAUCUUUAGACAUUAGAAUUCCAGAUGAAAAGAUUUGCAAGAUAGAGAAUACAGGGGAUCCAGUCUGUGAGAGAGUUAUAAUUCCAAAGAAUGAAUAUCGUGUCACAAAGGUGGUUGACAGAAAUAAGCUCAUUUGGGAAGCAGGGGAAUUCGAAUAUAUCCUUAAAGCCACAACAUAUUUGGAUAUCGGGAAACCAGUUCUUUUAAGCUUAAAGUAUGCUAAUGUGGAAAAGUAUUUUGGAUUAUCCAAUGGUUCAUGGAGCACACUCCGUAAGAGGAAUUUUGAUAAACAAGCGAAGAAACUAAAGGGAAGACGAAUUAUUGAUGUGAAUAAGAAAGAAGGCACCUUUUACAGUUGUUCUGAGUAUGUUCACUGUGGUAUUCCUACAGUCUCCUUUACACCAAAGGAGAAAGUUAUGGUCAUCAAGGACGGAGAUCAGAUCAUUUAUACGUCUCUAGGGGGAAUAGAAAAUCCAACUAUACGUCUUUAUGUUGCCAAGGAGUUCAAACUACUUGCUUUAAGUUAUAUACAACAUAAAACAGUCGGGAAUAAUACUACUCUUAAUCUCCAUUUCGAAACGGUACACGGCGUGUGGAAACCAGCAAACGAAAAGCGAUUCAAGGAACUACUUAAGCCACCGCAAUCAUCAGAAUCUGAAUUGAAGAAGAUACAGCGAUCAAACAUUUCCCUGGAUCUUUCCAAGGUAAAUCCAACCUAUUUCACAAUAGAAUGGGAUGGAUCAUUAUUAACUAUUACCCCUAAAGAGGGAUGCAAUGUGACAAAAAUCACUGAGAAGGAUGAUGGCAUAUGGGAAGCAGUAGGGAACGAAAAUACUGUGAUAGUUUGGAUACGUUACAAGAACAAAAAACCAAGUCUCAUGCAUAUUCUUGUGGAGAAUUCUCCAAAGGCCAACAAACAUUUUGAGAAAAAACAAGAUGGCAAAUGGUUACCCAUUACAGAGGAAGAUUAUGAUAAAGUGCUAGGGAAAUAA